AUGCCGUCGAUUACCAGAGAAGUUCUUGCUCCCCGGGUCACCAAGUUUACGAACUGCCGUGUACCCAGCGGGCAGAAGCUUAUCGAACAAGAUCUCUGGGUUGACUCUAUCUCUGGCAAGAUCUUGCAGGGCCAACGUGCCUUUUAUGAAGAUAAGGUGUGUCCAGACCAGGUCAUUAAUCUGGGCGGACGUAUCCUUGCACCAGGGUUUAUCGACGUGCAGAUAAACGGGGCAAACGGGUUCGAUUUCUCGGUCCCUCAGCCGACGAAAAAGAUGUUCGAUGAUGGACUGAGGGAUGCUGCUCAGACAUUGGUGAAGAUGGGAGUGACAUCCUACCUGCCCACGGUCACCAGCCAGAGUAAAGAAGUAUAUCCAAAGGUCCUACCAUCCCUAGGGCCAUCAGGUCAUCGCCGUCGGGCAGAAGAUGGCGCAGAGUCCCUCGGCGCCCACGUUGAAGGUCCGUUUCUCAGCCCAGGAAAGAAUGGCAUACAUAAUCCCGAAGUCCUCAUCGCUGCAAACGACGUCAACGACCUCAUCCAGUGCUACGGGCUAGUAAACUUCUGCAAGAACCAAACUCCUCCAGACCGCAUGCCUAUCAAGAUGAUAACUGCCGCUCCUGAGGUGGGCAACAUGUUAUCUCUUAUCCCGGUAAUCCAGUCACAGAACAUCCUCUAUUCGAUUGGCCACUCGGACGCAACAUACGAACAAGCCAUGGCGGCAGUUUCAAAUGGAGCGACCAUGAUCACACACAUGUUCAAUGCCAUGAGACCCUUCUAUCACCGUCAUCCAGGUAUCUUCGGGCUUCUGGGCCAGUUUGAACAGCACCGUCCGUACUACGGUAUCAUUGCGGAUGGAAUUCACUUGCAUCCCACCAGCAUCCAGAUAGCAUACAACGCCCACCCGGCUGGCAUGAUCCUUGUGACGGAUGCAAUGAAGCUAUGCGGUAUGCCUGAUGGUGUCUACGAGUGGACCAACGGUGACCAAAUCGUGAAGAAAGGCGCCAUGCUCACUCUGGAGGGAUCAGAGAAGCUUGCCGGAAGUUCAGCCACUUUGAUCGAGUGUGUGAACAACUUCCGCCGAUGGGCUGGGGCCAAGACUGUCGAGGCAAUUGCUGCUGUCACCGAGACUCCGGCGAAGAUGUUGGGUAUAUUUGAUAGGAAGGGUACCUUGGCUCCGGGAGCAGAUGCGGACCUUGUGGUACUUGGAGAAGACAGGCCUGCCGAUGGAGAUAUGGGCACACUGACUGUCGACCAGGUGUGGAAGUUCGGUGUCAAGGUGUUUGACAAAGAGAAGGCUUGA